AUGACUGACGACCACCAGCAUCAAUAUCCCGGAAAUGAGUGUGAUAUGGGGCUUAUUGCUCCGAGCUCAGAUAAAAGAAGUCAGGGUAACAAAACGUGUGCAGAACAAAAAGGAUUCCGUUUGAAUGAACCAAUACUCAGUAAACAACCCUGUCCAACACCGGAAUUAGUCAGAUCGGCGAUGAAAAAAUGCGACACCGAGCGCGAAAGAGUGGAGGUACUGCUUCGUCUUCUGGAGAAACAAAAGAAAGAGGCCAGUUCCCUGGCUGAAAUGCACCGGCAGCUCCAGCUCACUGACCUCUCGGAAGAGCUAGAUGCCAUUGCAGAUGAUUCUGCGUACGCAAUCGCUGCAUUCAACCGUAGAUUACAGCAGCGAAAACCAAUUGCUUACACAUUCCAUUGGGCAAACAUGCCUCAGUCAAACGUGAAUCUGGAUCUUUCAUCUGAGACUCUGGAAGUGACGGAGGUGCGUCCGGUGGACUAUCGCACACCGUCCGACUGUGGUGGGAAUUUUGAGACAUGUGUGCAUCUCGAACUGGCAUUUCCUUCAGAAAAAAGAACACAAAAGCUAAAGACCAACUGGGGCCGCUAUAUGAACGGCGUUCGCUACCUUCCAUCACCCCUGCGAUUCAACGUUGCGUCCACUCGGUCAUCCUACGUCCAAUUUCUAGAACUUAACAAACAACUCAAGGCUACGGUCUUCUACAACCGUGGUCUAGCAAAACGAUCGGGGGUCUUCGGGUGGACGUACUUCACUUUAACCGAUCUUCUGCACUCUGCGAACGUCAGCCUUUCUGUCUACUUGAACGCCGAAGGCGGAGUCGUCCCUGGGUAUCUGAAAAUAUUUCUACGUCAACGUCUACCUAUUCAGGUGAGUUUUGGCAGUUACAAAAGUACCACAUUAACCUCCGCUCGUGUUGCUACUUGUUAA